UUCAAAUCGAAAGUGAUUCUUAUCAGACACAUUAGCAGAGCGUAUAUGAAGGUUCGCUAGUAAAGUUUAAUAUACACGUGUCUGUAGCAUCAUACAAGUUCACAAUUUAUCCUAAUGGAAAGCAGUUAAUGAAAAAAUCAUCAAAAAUACACUAGUUAACCAACCGGGUUAGCUUCGAUUUCCGGAAUUUUAUGCGAACUAAGCUUGUUUGACAGGAGAGGGCAGAAACACAGCUUAAGAAAAAAACAACACGGGGUAAUAAUCAUCAGUUUUCUGACAAACGAAGAUUAAAUAGCAAAACAUGGACGACGACGUGGACAUGGCGUCAGACAACAGUCUGCCAUUAGGAAUCGGGGCUUCCGCUUUCGGAAGUGAAAAUGGGGAUGAAGAGGACGUCCUUCCUGAGAGGACACUUCCAUUCUCUCUGGGAUACUCCGAUCCUGUGGGACAAUAUGUGGAGAGAGCAGAGUCGCCUGCAUCCAGUUACAACUCCAUGCAAAGUAACAGCUGGUCAGAAACAAGAGAAGAGCAUGGACAGACUCGCACACAGGUUCAGCUAUACAGACGGGACUCGUCUGCUUCUAGCAGUGAUUCCUUUAUUAGUGAUGAUGAAGACUUGAAUAUGGAGAAUGAAGCUGAAGAAAGUGUACGGAAGAAGAGCAAGAGGGAAGGUGCUGUGAAACAACAAAACCAACCUCCUCCUGUUAAACCAGAGUUGGAAGUGGAUCCAAAUGAGAAGAGGCAUCCAGCAAUGACUGUGGCAUUCGCUUUCAGUGCCCUCACAAUCUGCCUAAAGAAACUGACACAAGACGAAUUAAAGGUCUUCAAGAAAGUCCUGUGGGACCGAUAUCCAGAGCGCUUCCGUGAUCCCCUGGACGGACUUGAUAUUGUGAGUCUGGUGGAUAAGAUGCUGGAGCUCUGUGAUAUUGAGGUGUCUAUGAAGAUAAUGCUGGCAAUCCUUCAUUUUAUGAACUUAAAGAAGCUGUCUGAAUAUCUGCAAGGACUUUGCAAAAGAAACGAAGUGCGAUACGAGUUGAAAUCAUCACUGAAAAGGAAAUAUGAGAUGGUAUACGAAGGGUUAAGUCAACAAGGACAACCAGUGCCCUUUGAGUCGGUCUAUACAGAGCUUUACAUCACAGAUGGCAUCAAUGCAUCAGUGAACAGCGAGCACGAGUUCAGAUCUAAAAUAGAACAGCUCGAAGAGACAGGCAAAGUCAACCGAACACCAUUAACUGGACAUGACAUCUUUCCCCUUGGUAACGAGAGGUCAAGGCAUGUCAGGUCAGUGUUAACCAGAGGAGUCCCAGGAUGUGGCAAAUCGUUUGCUGUGCAGCGCUUCAUCCUCGACUGGGUGGAUGGGAAAGUCCACCCAAACAUUUACUUUCUCCUUCCUCUGCCGUUCAAGGAGCUGAAUCAGAUGCUAGAAGGAGAGUACACCCUCCUUACUCUAGUCAGCACAUUUUAUCCAGAGAUGAAGGAAAUAGACACACUAGAUUUCGAAGGCUGUCCUGUACUGUUCAUAUGUGACGGACUGGAUGACACUCAAAUCCUCUUUAAUUUCCGAAGAACGGUAUAUUGCUGUGAUAUGACCAAGCCUAUGAAUGUGCAAGUGUUAAUGACCAAUCUCAUCAGAGGGAACCUGCUGUAUAACGCCUACGUGUGGGUCACUUCUAGGGCAGGAUCUCUGGAUGUGAUCCCGCCAGAACACGUCCACCAGCUCUUGGAGGUUCGUGGCUUCAAUAAUGAUCAGAAAGAGGCCUAUUUUAGAAAGACCAUCCCAGACGGAGAGCUUGCCGAGAAGGUGAUUGCUCACAUUAAGUCUUCAAAGACGCUGUUUAUUAUGUGCUACUCGCCACUUUUCUGCUGGGUGGCGUCUAAAGUGCUUCAGCGUCAGUUCGUCAGAUCAUCAGCAGAGCUGCCCAAAACACUGACCGGUCUGUACACCACCAUGCUGCAUCUUCACACUAAAAUGUGUGAUCAGAAACUGCUGAACAACCCCAAUAAAGACACCAGUGGUCUGACUUCCGAGAAGCUGCUCCUUAAGCUUGCAAAGCUGGCGUACGGGAUGCUUGAGAAGAACGUGUUUCAGAUUGAGAAAGAGCACUGGGAGGAGAUCGAGUUGCCGGAGUCGUACCCUGCCAUGGUCUGCACCGGCCUCUGCUCUGAGUACUACAGAGAAAAGUACAUGAUUUACACCGAGAAGGUGAGCUGCUUCUCUCAUCCAACUAUUCAGGAGUACCUUGCAGCUCUUCAUGUUUUCUACUGCUACAGGAAACAUGGGAAGAAUGUCCUUGAUCCGAGCAAGCUGAAGGUCUUAAAAGUUUCUUUGACAGACUUGCUUAAGAGCGCAGUUGACAAAGUUUUAAACACCAAGAAUAGCAACUAUGAUAUCUUUCUCCGCUUCUUGCUGGGUUUGACUGUAGAGGCCAACCAGGAGGUGCUCAAGAGCCUCCUGCAGAUCUCCAGCAGCUCUAGCCAGCACGCACGGGAGGAGACAACUCGCUUUAUCUUGAAGAGAAUCAAAGAAGGACACUUCCAGGAGAAACAUGAAACCCUUAUGCGCUGCAUUGAUGAACUUAACCCAUAACUGCAGCACUGAAGUGUUGAGUGAGAAGAGUCCUGUGAAUAACUGAAUGCACCUAAAGCCUGGCUCACACAGUGUGAUUUUUAAUAAUCCUACACGAUUGGAGCAUGACAUGCACAAACAUGACUCCCGUGUUACACUGUAAGAUCUCAGUUUAGACUGAACGACAAUGCAGUAAUUUUGCAUCCACCAUGCCUCCUCAAUAAUUAAAUCAGAAAAAACAGUUUUGGCAUUUCCCCGCACUGGUUUGAAGGUGUAACGCUGAUUGCAUCAUCUGCGCUCCUAUUGGUUCUUGCUUUGAUGCUUGAUGUAACUAAAGUCACACUACAGGAAAGUAUCUCAAACCUUCUGAAACUGCUAGAACCUGAGGGAAAAUUUGAUCGCAUUUGCUAUUAAGCGGCUGUCAGUAAACAUGUCAAACCAAUGAUCAAAGUCCACAGAUGUUAGUCUAGGAUUACAGGAAUCUUUUAGGAUCUUCCAAAUUUCACUGAGACAACCAAAUCGUGGCUGAAAUCACAGUUUGAGCAGGGCUUAAGUCAUUAUACCAAAGGUGUGUUGGGGUAGAAAAAUGAGCUAUGAAUGAGUUUUCAACCAUCCAAAGGUUCAUCUCCCAAAAGCGUUAGGGCUUUUCACACUGUACUUAAAUAACUGUGAACACUGCUUUUAAUCAAGGGUGAAUGAGUGUUUUUCACAUCAUUUAGAGCAGUGGUCACCAAACUUGUUCCUGGAGGGCCGGUGUCCUGCAGAUUUUAGUUCCAACCCUAAUCAAACACACCUGAACAAGCUAAUCAAGAUGUACUUGAAACAUCCGGGCAGGUGUGUUGAGGCAAGUUGGAGCUAAACCCUGCAGGGACACCGGCCCUCCAGGACCGAGAUUGGUGACCCCUGAUUUAGAGGAUUACGAAACCUUUCUGUGGUGUAGGGUUGCUUUUGUUAUUGCUACAGCUAUGAUAUGAUUAGACGCUAAAGGGCCAACAGUUUACAGUCAUGGUGCACUCUGCAUCAUGGUUCUUUUUGAUCUGGGACCAUAGAUUGGUUCUAACCUUCACCACCUUACAGCAACCUUGGGUAAAAAUGUUAAAUGGUGACAGAAAUUGUGUGAACUAAAGAAACUGUUUCUUUUGUACCUUUAUGGUCUGUAAACUCCAUUCUACAAAAAAUAGAGUACAGUUAUAAUUUAUCAGCUUUAAUAUAUGAACUAAAUUAUUUAUCAGGCUGAUUACGAUAACAUUAAAAAUAACCAUUUAUCUGGGUUUAAAAUCAUCCAGAAUGAACAAUUGAGGUCUGAAAAGCCCUAUUGUGUGGAAAGUAUGGUGCCAAUGACUUAAUAAUGCUUCAGAGAAGCCCAGGGGCCUCAUUUAUAAAACGUUGCUUAGAAACCAUUCUUUAUGUAAUCUAUGGUCACUUCUCAAUAGUGCUUAUAAUUAAUCGUAUAAAAGAGCUUCAGUCAUGUGCAAAGCCUUUACUUUUGAGAAUGGUGAGUGCCAAGGAUUGCUUAGUAAAUUGACAAAUUCUUUGCCACAAGGAAAACUGUGUUCAUAUUCUCAGAACCAAACGUGGCAUCAAUACUUUUCCAAUUCUGAAUGAUAAUGUGGAUUUAACGUACACACACUGUAAGAUCAAUUCUGUGCAUACACAGGUUUUUAUAACUGAGGCCCCAGCUCUUCGCUCAAUGAGUAUAGUGGCAUUUUGAUGGAUUUUAAGGGAGAAUUUUGCUUUAAACACUAAGACUGGUUUAACAGCUUCUUUUGGACUGAUGUGUGCUUGCAUUUGGAGAUUGUUACUGCAAACUUUUUUUAAAAUGUGGACAGUAUUAAAUGCUGUUAAAUUUAUUAUUCCAUAUGAAAGCCUAAACAUGCA